AGAGACUGAGACUGACACACACACCACCCAUUCGUUUCCUCCCCCUAAACUGUCCACACACUGCACUUGCUGCCUCUUCCAGCUUCUGUCUUUAGUUUACCAAAUAUUGCUCGUAAUGUGGUGCAGCAGAACAGCGCUCGGGAGACUGCAGAAGAUCGCCCCGUGUACCGUCUCCGGAUUUCAUCGCGCGAUGUCCAUGUUACCCAAAGUUUAUGUGACGCGCAAGGUGCCGCCGGACGGACUGGACAUUCUCCGCAAAUCCGGACAGGUGCAGUUUGAGAUGUGGGACUCUGAUGACCCUGUGCCCCGAGUGGAGCUGCUGAAGAAGGUCAAAGGUUGCGAUGGAAUACUGUGUGUACUCACAGAGAAGAUUGAUGCACAGCUAUUGGACGCUGCAGGUCCAAAUCUAAAAGUCCUCAGCACCAUGUCAGUGGGCUUUGAUCAUCUUUCUCUGGAUGAACUCAAGAAAAGGGGAAUCCGUGUAGGAUAUACUCCGGAUGUACUGACUGACGCUGUGGCUGAACUGACUGUUGCCCUGUUACUCGCUACAUCCAGAAGACUCAUUGAGGCCACACAUGAGGCUAAAACGGGUGGCUGGGGUACUUGGAGAACUUUAUGGCUGUGUGGGCAUGAACUAGCAAACAGCACAGUUGGCAUUUUGGGACUUGGGAGGAUUGGUGUGGCUAUCGCCGAGCGUCUGAAGCCAUUUAAGGUGAAGAAGUUCAUCUACACAGAUGUAGAGCCGAGACCUGAGCUCGCAAAAAUGAUAGAGGCAGAAUAUGUCUCUUUAGAUGAGUUGGCCAAGCAGUCUGAUUUCCUGGCCAUAUGCUGUGCUCUGACUCCAGAGACUCAUGGGAUCUGCAAUUGGAAUCUCUUCUCCAAGAUGAAGAAAAAUGCCAUCUUCAUCAAUACAAGCAGAGGGGGAGUGGUCAAUCAGGAGGAUCUGUAUGAAGCCCUGUCCACUGGUCUGAUUGCUGGAGCCGGGCUUGAUGUCACCACACCUGAACCGCUGCCCACACACCAUCCUCUCUUCACACUCAAAAACUGUGUGAUUCUUCCCCACAUUGCCAGUGCUUCCUAUACGACACGGAAUGCCAUGUCUGCUCUUGCUGCCAAUAACCUGCUGGCUGGACUCAGAGGAGAACCCAUGCCUAAAGAACUUAAACUGUAGAAAGAGACACCAUAGAACCAGUUAAGGGAAUAGUUCUUGCCAGAGUGAAAAUUGUGUCUUUAUUUACUCGCCUUCCUGUUGUUCCAAACCUGUAUGCUAUUGUUUUUUCAAGGAAUUUUUGAAAAAUCUUCACAGCUCUUUUCUAAACAACAGUAUACAGUGACCAUAGCUCCAAAAAAAGCCAAAUUAAUUACUUUCAUAUUAAGGCCUAUAACUGAUAAAUGGCCUAUAUUAAAAUCCUAUUUUAUUUUGUCUAAGUGGAUUAAAAAUAAUACACUAACAAUUUAAACUAAAUGCUUUAAAUGUGUUUAUAUAUAUAAAUAAUUGUGAUGCUCAUUAUAUAUCCCUACAAAAAAAAAAAAAAAUCACAACAAAUUUAGCCCAUAAAUGUCACAAGUAGGGCAUAAAUGUCAUAUAAAUAAGAAGCUACCUGGACAUAGUUUACUAGACAUAACAUAACUGGACAUAACAGCAAAUGGGUUAAGUAUAUAGAGACCGAAUUGUCAUUUUGUGUGAACUUUCCCUUUAAAAUAACAAUGCAGAACCCACGUUUGUGUUCUAACAUCAAAAGACCAGUGUUUGAGAGUACACAGACAAGGUUCACAGUCUGAGAUCAAUGAUCUACAAAGAGCAAACUCAGCAAAGACCAGCAAGAUCCAUGCAAGUCUUUAGGUUCUUAAAUAUUUUGCAAGUUUAGUACUUUUUAGUCUUUCCUUUUCAAACCGGACAAAAA